CUUUUCUUUUACACGCUCCAGAGAACUUCAUGGGAUUACGUGUCUUUGAGGGAUCUCUAAAUUUCUAAUUGAAGGGUUCUCGGCAUAUAAAAAUGCCUUGACCAAGUUUUCGAUGAAGGCCAGGAAAAUGCCUCUGUCACGAUCUAAUUCUUGUGUUGAUGUUGACUUCACACUCCGACGCGUGUUUGGCAAGACCGCUUUCAGGCCGGUCCAGCGAGAAGUAGUCAUUGAGGCCCUUGAUGGCAAAGACAUCUUUCUCCAGGCAGCCACUUCGUUUGGCAAGAGUCUGUGCUAUCAGUUACCGGCAGUAAUCGAUCAUGGCAUAACUAUCGUCAUUUCUCCGUUAUUGUCUCUCAUGAGCAACCAAGUAGAGGCUCUGACGGCAGCUGGAAUAAACGCAGCAGCCAUAAAUAGCACCACCAAGCAAUCAGAGAAGCAGCAAAUCCUCAGAGAUCUAGCGACUGGACAUCCUCUCACUCGUCUUCUGUACAUCACGCCGGAGUCAUGUGCCUUGGAUUACAUCCGCCGCCACCUGACCCUAGUCUACGAGCAGAAAGAGCUGGCCCGUAUCGCCGUGGACGAGGCCCAUUGCAUAUCUGAAUGGGGCCACGAUUUUCGUCCAGCGUUCAAGGAAUUACGAUGGUUCAGAGAGAGCUUUCCGGAUGUCCCGGUCAUGUGUCUGACGGCUACGGCGACGACCAGUGUGCGUCAGGAUGUCAUCCGAAUUCUGGGGCUGAAAGAGGAACGUAUAAAGAUAUUUACCAUGACAACAAGCCGACAGAAUCUACAUUACGAGGUCAGAUUCAAGACCGAUGAGGACGACCAAUUCGACGAUUUCCUACGUUGGCUGGAGAAGGUUUAUGUGCGAAGGCGAGAAAACAAAGAGAGAAACGCUGAAUUGCAGGCACGCGGAGAACGAAUAGACAAUGUGCCCGGGAUUAUAUACGCUCUCAUGCGGAGUGAAUGCGAGAGCAUUGCUACUCGCCUCCGCUCUCACGACAUAGGGGCUCGGCCAUACCACGCUGGGCUGAGCACACAAGAGCGGAGUGAGACGCUCACAAAGUGGGUUAACAAUGAGCCUGGGUACGAUGUGAUAGUUGCCACGACAGCGUUUGGCAUGGGCAUCGACAAAGAAAAUGUCCGCUUCGUCGUGCAUUGGCAACUACCCAAGUCAUUCGAGGGAUACUACCAGGAAGCCGGCCGAGCUGGCCGUGACGGGAAAGCAAGCGCGUGUAUCUUGUAUUAUAGUCGCGAAGACCGAGACAGGGCCAUCAACAACAUUGCCCGAGACCAUGCAAGAGACAGGAACAGCAAGAAUAAACAGAACUACGAGUCAAGGAUGAAGAGUUUGCAGUAUCUGGCUGAGUAUUGCGAGGAUACGAAUAUGUGUCGGCAUCAGUUGAUUUGCAGGUAUUUUGGAGAGUCGACGAUACCUGUUUGCAAGUGGGCUUGCGAUUGGCAUAAGGAUUCCAAGGCGUUGAAGAAGGCUAAGAGGGAUGGGUUGGCGAGUGAGGAGUGGGUGAGCACGCAGAGGGAUAUGGGUGCUUUCAAUGAUGGGUGGGAUGAUGAGUAUGAUUGUUGAUGAUAGCAAAUUUAUGAGUAUCAAGCAAA